UAGAUAAUAUACUCCCAUAAUUUCAGGGAAAGGAAUAAAUAAGUGGCCAGUGAUUGCAAUAUCCAACGAAGUGUGAGAAAAUAUGGAAAAGGACAAAAAAAGGCAAAGCUAGGAAAAACAUAAAAUAUUGACUUGCAAUUUCUAAUGAAGACAUUCAGAAAUUAAUCUGUCUCAGGGAUUGCUGUUUUCAUUAUCUUCAAGCAAUGAAGCACAGCUGCAACAUCAGCCACACAAUUCUGUUUUCGCUGAUAUUGAUACUUGUAUUCAAAUUGUUCAUCUACUGUGAUGAUUUCCAACAGGUAACAAGGUCAAUUUUCUUGGCAAAGUUGAGAUUUCCAGGAUUCCUGGAGGAAGGUGAUGAAAUUAAGCUACCACCAAAAGACUGUGAUCUCUUCACUGGGAAAUGGGUUCUUGAUAAAAUAGCCCAUCCUUUGUAUAAAGAAGAUGAAUGUAAGUUUCUCUCAGAACAAGUUACUUGCAUUAAAAAUGGAAGAUUGGAUUCUCUUUAUCAGAAUUGGAGAUGGCAACCCAGAGAUUGUUCUUUACCCAAAUUCAAUGCAAGAUUAUUGCUUGAAAAACUUCGUGGAAAAAGGCUUAUGUUUGUGGGGGAUUCAUUAAAUAGAAACCAGUGGGAAUCCAUGGUUUGUCUACUUCUUCAAUCUGGUGUUUCUGGAAAAAAGAGCCGCAAAAAGUCUGGUUCUUUAAUUAUCUUCAGCAUUAAGGAGUACAACACCACAGUGGAGUUCUUUUGGUCACCAUUUCUGGUUGAAUCUAAUUCAGACAAUCCAUGGCGGCACAGUAUAAAAGACCGUAUAAUCAAGCCUGAAUCAAUCAAGAACAAUGGAGAUGAUUGGAAAGGUGUAGAUUACUUGAUUUUCAACACAUAUAUUUGGUGGAUGAACAGUGGAUAUAUGAAAGUCUUACGAGGAUCGUUUGAUGCAGAACCGGUCGAGUACGAUGAAAUCGAAAGGCCUAUAGCUUAUGGGAGGGUAGUAAAAAGAUGGGCUAAAUGGGUUGAUGAAAACGUUGAUUCCAAGUUCACUUCAGUCUACUUCAUGAGCAUGUCACCUACUCAUAUUAAGAGUUCGGAUUGGAACAACCCUGACGGAAUUUUAUGUGCAAACGAGACUCUACCGAUGACUAACUUGUCGAUUCCACCACCGUAUAUUGGCACAGAUUAUAGGGCAUUACAAAUUGUUGCAGAUGUGAUUCAAUCCAUGGAAGUACCUGUUAACUUCAUCAAUAUUACAGCCAUGUCCGAGUACCGGAAAGAUGCGCAUACGUCGGUUUAUACAACCCGGCAAGGCCAGUUGAUUACAAAGGAGCAGCAAGCUGAUCCAGCUACAUACGCAGACUGCAUCCAUUGGUGCCUGCCAGGGUUACCUGAUACAUGGAAUGAGCUCCUCUAUACGCAUAUCAUUUCACACUCUUGAUCACCUAUAGUUUCUUUUAUUUUAAUGAUUGAUAAACUGCUAGUUGGAAUUCAAAGUGAUUUUGUUAAAGAAUUCUCGAGUCCUUAGUUAUCUCAACUUGGAUUAAGCAUCGUGUACGGGUAUAUAUCAGACAUGAGUAUACACCUGAUUGUGUCUGGCAUGGAAAGCUUUGAUCAAUAUCUGAAAUAUGUUUGGCAUGGAUAGUUUAAAAGAAA